AUGAAGUUCCUGCUGAAGAAAUGCCUGAGGAAGAAGGCGCCGGAGAUGAAGCCGGGUGCCAUCCUGGAUGCGGUCAUCUCUCAGUCCUCGGCCACGGCCUGCAAGUGCCUUCUGUACAAGCUGGCCGACUACAAGCGGGGCGGAGACCUGAUCGAUGCCAUCAACUCGGGCGGCCUUGUCGCCGUGGAGCAGCUGAUCCGUGAACAGUUCGGUGUUUUCAUGUACAACGAUGGCAAGGGGCAGGUGAUCAAUAGAGCGGAGUUCCUGCGCUGGAAAUACCGCGACCACACGGAGGUGACCAUACCCAUUGAGGCGUCGCUCUCGAUACACGAUCCGCUCGGCAAGUGGGAGGACCACAAGGCCUGCUGGCAGAUGCAGUACCGCGGCGCCCUGGGGGAGAGUCUGCUCCACGUUCUGAUCAUCUGCGACUCGAAGAUCCACACCAAGCUGGCCCGGGUCCUGCUGCGCGUCUUUCCCAACCUGGCGCUGGACGUGAUGGAGGGCGAGGAGUAUCUGGGGGCCAGUGCCCUGCAUCUGUCGAUUGCCUACAGCAACAACGAGCUGGUGGCAGACCUCAUCGAGGCGGGGGCGGACAUCAAUCAGCGGGCCAUCGGCAGCUUCUUUCUGCCGCGCGACCAGCAGCGCAUGAAUCCCGCCAAGAGCACCGACUACGAGGGACUGGCCUACAUGGGGGAAUACCCGCUGGCCUGGGCCGCCUGCUGUGCCAACGAGAGUGUCUACAACCUGCUGGUGGACUGUGGUGCCGAUCCGGAUGCCCAGGACUCGUUCGGCAACAUGAUCCUGCACAUGGUCGUUGUCUGCGACAAGCUGGACAUGUUCGGCUAUGCCCUGCGCCAUCCGAAGACCCCCGCCAAGAACGGCAUCGUCAAUCAGACGGGGCUCACACCCCUCACCCUCGCCUGCAAGCUGGGCCGGGCCGAGGUCUUUCGCGAGAUGUUGGAGCUCUCGGCGCGCGAGUUUUGGCGCUAUAGCAACAUCACCUGCUCUGGCUAUCCACUGAAUGCGCUGGACACACUCCUGCCCGACGGUCGGACGAAUUGGAACUCCGCUUUGUUCAUCAUUCUGAAUGGCACCAAGCCGGAGCAUUUGGACAUGCUGGACGGUGGUAUCAUUCAACGUCUGCUUGAGGAGAAAUGGAAGACCUUUGCCCAGAACCAGUUCCUCAAGCGCCUGCUCAUCCUAUCCACGCAUCUGCUCUGCCUGUCCGUCUCCGUUUAUCUGCGUCCCGCCCACGAGGGCGAGCCCGAGGAGGAGUCGGAGUCCGCUCUGGCCGCUUCUGCGGCCGCUCUUCAGGAUCGAGCUGAGCCUGGAGGAACCGCGGAAGCCAGCGAUGACUACAAUGCCCAGACGGUGGCCAGAUAUUGCGCCGAAUUGGCCACCAUUGCGGGUGUCCUCAGCUACGUGGUCUUCCAGCAGGGCGACGAGAUCAAGAACCAGGGAUUAUCGGCCUUUCUCAAGCAGCUGUCACAUGCUCCGGCCAAGGCCAUCUUUCUGUUCUCCAACCUACUGAUCCUGGCCUGCAUUCCCUUCCGCCUGAUUGGCGACACCGACACCGAGGAGGCCAUACUGAUAUUUGCGGUGCCCGGCUCUUGGUUUUUGCUCAUGUUUUUUGCCGGAGCCAUCCGUUUGACCGGGCCGUUUGUGACCAUGAUCUACUCGAUGAUAACCGGCGACAUGUUCACCUUCGGCAUUAUCUACUGCAUUGUUCUGUGUGGAUUCUCGCAGGCCUUCUACUUCCUCUACAAGGGGCAUCCCCAGGUGCAGUCGACGAUGUUCAAUACCUACACCAGCACCUGGAUGGCCCUCUUUCAAACCACUUUGGGGGACUACAAUUAUCCAGAUCUCAAUCAGACCACAUAUCCGAAUCUCUCGAAAACCGUGUUCGUGAUCUUCAUGAUAUUUGUGCCCAUCCUGCUGCUAAACAUGCUGAUCGCCAUGAUGGGCAACACCUACGUGACGGUGAUCGAACAGUCCGAGAAGGAGUGGAUGAAGCAAUGGGCCAAGAUCGUUGUCACCCUGGAGCGGGCCGUGCCCCAAGCGGAUGCCAAGGGCUACCUGGAGGCCUACUCCAUUCCGCUGGGGCCGUCGGAUGACUCGGGGUUCGAGGUGCGCGGCGUUAUGGUCAUCAAGAGCAAGAGCAAGACGCGGGCCAAGCAACGGAAGGGAGCCGUUUCCAAUUGGAAGCGUGUGGGACGUGUCACGCUUACGGCUUUGAAGAAGCGCGGCAUGACCGGUGAGGAGAUGCGUCGGCUCAUGUGGGGACGCGCCUCCAUCUCCAGCCCCGUCAAGGUCACCAAGCAGAAGCUAAAGGAUCCCUACAACACCAUGCACACGGACUCGGACUUCACCAAUGCCAUGGACAUGCUCACCUUCGCCAACAAUCCGGCAUCCAGCAAUGGCGUGCAGCUGCGCACAGCGGCCACCCUGGGCGGUGGAAAGGAGUCUGCUCCACCGGUCCCGGAUCCCUUUCGGGAGCUUAUCAUGAUGUCGGACGAGCGGCCAGAGACCCAUGAUCCCCAUUACUUUGCCGGACUGCAGCAGCUGGCCAACAAGGCCUUCGAUCUGGUCGAGCAGACAAUGAAGACACAGCCGCAUCCGCCCUCGCAAUCACAGCCGCAGAUCGACAUGAACGUGCCUAACGUGGCGCCGAUAGCCCCCAUAGCCGCUCCGGUUCCAGUGGCUGCUGCUGCUGCAGUCACAUCUUUGCCUGCUGAUGCUGCUGCUGCCAUGCCUGCGGUGGCCAUACCUUUGCCCAUGACCACACUGGGCAAUCUGUUCCAGGACCCCAAGGACGUUGUGGAUCCCAAGAAGCUUGAGGAGUUCAUGGCCAUGCUGGCCGAGGUGGAGACGGAGGAGAGCGACAGUGGGGGGCCCAUUCUUGGAAAGCUCUCGCUGGCAAAGCGGACACACAACGCUCUGUCCAAGGCGGACAUACGGCGGGAGCACGACACGAUGGGCUUCGAUGGGAACAGUCACGGGCAGUUUCAGAGCAUGUCUUCCGUCUGGGCACCGCCCGGACUGGACGUGAGCACGGGCUUUCACUUUGACGAGGCCGUCGCCGAGGAGGUGCUGACCAUUGAGCAGGAAGCCGAAGUGGAGACCGAGGACGGCAAUGGGGGCCAGGACAGCGAGGAUUUGCCCACCACAGAUGAGGUGCAUGCCACCAUGAAGCAGUUCCAUCUGCGCAAGUGCCAGCCAUCGCAGGAUGAGGCCGCCCGUCGGGCCAAGAGUGCGCGCGUUCGUCGAAGGAACAAAGUCUCGCCGGAGCAGAGCGAAGAGGAGGAGCGGCGUCAGCAACGUGGACGUACGGCCCACGGACGCAAGACGUCGUCGCCGCCCGAUCCGCUGGAGCCAUGGAGCACCCGCGAGCUCCAGGACAUCAACAAGAUUCUAGCCAGAAAGUAGCAGAAACAAUAGUACAGAAUCGCAUCUGGCACAUAGUCCUUGUGGCUUAUAAUUGAUUUUAGAUCUUAUCCUAGUUACACAUACAAAUACAUAAUAAACCCGGGGAUGCUCGGCCCACGCCCGUGUGCCGUGGCACACCAUCGCCGAAUUCCAUCACUUCGGCUGUGUGCCACUGUAGGGGGCAUCCUCGGCUGCGUCUCUAA